AUGACCGACCGCCAGUGUGGAUCUUCUCGGCUUGGCGCAAACACUUUACUCAUGAGCAUAAUAAAUGUCUUCGUGACCGAGUCCGCCGACACUCCUACACCUCACAUUUCCGAUUCUAAAUCUAAGAUGUCUUUCUCUUCUACACCCAGCAUUGGUAGCGCCUUCCAAGAUAUCUACAAUAGCCCUCACUACUCUGGUGUCGGCAGUGGCAGUGGCAGUGGCAGCGGUAACCAGAGCGGUAACCACAGCGGUGACCAGAGCACGAACUACCACCCGCCUCAGUUCCCUGCUCCAGCCGUGACAACUAUCAACACUUCGGUCGCUCCGAGUGUAAGGCAGCGUCUCAUCGAACUCCUUCAUCCGUUCCGGGGCGACUUCAUCAACUUCGUCGCUACUGAAGCCAGAGUUCAUGAAAGGAAGGUCCUCACUCUCGCCGGGAACCUCGCUGCGAUCAUCCACCACAAGGAGGCUCAAUACGGCGAAGAGAUCAAUGCGAACCAUGUCCACGUCUUGAGUCGCAAUAUGCAAGCCCUCAACGGUCAGGCGUGUAUCAGUAUCAUCGUUCAGGCAGGUGGCGUGGCACAUAAGGUCGUCAGUGUUGAGGUUGAGAACAGAGACACUGCCAUUGAUGCGCUCACCACCAAGGUGGAUAACAUGAUCGGAAUUUUGUUCUUGGGAGCUUAG